AUGCAUCGGUGAUAUCUCUGGUAAUGCAUGACUUGAGAUUGUCAUGGCAACAUGUUAUCAAGACAUAUGAAUUCUAAGCAUCAUUAGCAUCAUCGGACAUCCGGUAGAUGUCUUGUUGUAGAUAGGUUAAUAUGCUCACAUAUAAUAAAAAAAAAACAUAAGUGCAUAAGAUGCAUAGGUCCCAUAUGAAAAUGAACAAUGGUUUUAUUACAGUUACUAGAGGCAGUGGAACGGAGACUCCAACAUGCCAGCAGACGAAGUUCGACAAAGGAAAGGAGGAGGCCGCAAAAAGUCCAAGAAGGGUAAAGGGAAGGGGCAGGGUGGCCUGGAUCGGACGAGUAGUCUAGAUGACCAAAAUGACCUCCUCUUACCCGCUCCUGCCACACCACCCAAGAAGGUUGUGGAGGAGAAGCCCAAAACAGCCCAGGCGAAGAUAGAAGAUGAAUCCGCCAUCUCUAUCUGUCUGCAGGUGGUGUUCCCCUACCUGCUGGCUGGGAUGGGGAUGGUGAUGGCCGGCAUGGUUCUGGACAGCGUUCAGCAUUGGGACGUGUUUAAGGUGAUCACAGAAGUCUUCAUCCUGGUACCUGCUCUGGUCGGGCUGAAGGGAAACCUGGAGAUGACUCUCGCAUCCCGUCUAUCUACUGCUGCUAACACUGGGCAAAUGGACGACCCCAAACAGCAGUGGAUGAUGGUAACAUGUAAUCUUGCCCUUAUUCAGGCUCAAGCCACUGUGGUGGGCUUUCUUGCGGCUGUGGCGGCUGUGGCGCUGGGUGCUGUGUCCAGAGGCGGUGUGGAGCUGGACCAGGCGGCUGUGCUGUGUGCUAGCAGCGUCACCACCGCGUUUGUGGCUGCACUGUCUUUAGGUCUGGUGAUGAUUGGUGUGAUCAUUGCUUCAAGGAAGGUGGGCAUCAACCCUGAUAACGUGGCCACGCCGAUAGCAGCCAGUCUGGGCGAUCUUAUCACUCUUUCUCUGCUGGCCGGAGUGAGCAGCACGCUGUUCCAAUACAGAGAUGUGUGGUAUUUGUCCCCGCUGGUGUGUGGGUUCUUUCUUCUGCUCAUCCCACUGUGGGUGGUCAUCGCCAGACGGAGUCCACAGAUCAAAGAGGUUAUGAAGUCCGGCUGGCAGCCUGUUAUAGUGGCCAUGUCCAUCAGCAGUUUCGGUGGUCUCAUUCUUGAUAAGACUGUGAGCGAUCCAAAGUUCGAGGGCAUGGCGGUCUUCACGCCAGUCAUUAACGGUGUUGGAGGAAAUCUGGUGGCCAUCCAGGCCAGUCGCAUCUCAACUUAUCUUCAUUUAGGGAGCAUACCUGGAGUUUUGCCCUAUAAGAUGAGACAGCACUGGCCCAACCCUUUUGUCACAUUUUUCUCCUCGGGAGUAAACUCAAAAUCGGCUCGGGUUCUGUUCUUGCUGGUGGUGCCCGGUCAUCUUUUGUUUCUCUUUGCCAUUAAUAUGCUUCAAGGAGGUCACACUGCCAUCACUCCUGCCUUCAUCUGCUGUUACCUGAGCGCUGCUCUGCUUCAGGUCGGAAUCCUUAUUUAUACGGCUGACUUAAUUGUACGUUUAAUGUGGAGGAAAGGCAUGGACCCAGAUAACUUCUCCAUCCCAUACCUGACUGCGCUUGGAGAUCUGUUAGGUACUGGUUUCCUCGCCAUGUGUUUUCAUCUGGUCAUGUUAGUGUAGGGGCUCGGUCUGUAAGACGCUCGCCUCCAUCAUCACCGUGGACUUGUGCUAUCUUUGGGGCCGCUGUCGCUCAUGCUGACUGCAGUGACUUUGAAGAAAGAAGAGUAUGAACUUUACCUCUGUGCUGACAGGAUUGACAGAAACUGACAGGAAUCUCAGUCCGUUAUGUUAUAGUUACACUUGAUAUUUAGGUGUGUGGUCCUUUUGCUAAGACGCUGCUUUCAGAUCACCAGUAUGUUAAGAGCUACUGUAACUUUAGGUUUUGACAUCACACAAUUUAAAGUGCCAUGUAUAAAUUCAUUUCGAAGUUUACAAGAUGUAAAGACCCAAAAGGAUUCUGGGCUAUAAUGUUUCUUGAGUGAAAGUAUUUUAAAACUGAAUCAGGAUCUGCUUAGGGUACAUGGUAAAGCCUCGAAAGUUUGACGGAGGUCAUUCCUUUGCUGUUUUACUAAAAGCAUACAAGGUUAAACAUGCUGCUGGAUAUUUUUACUAAAUAUGUCACAAAAUAUACGGAUGUCUCACAAUUUGUAUUUUUGUUGCGUUCUGAUUUUUUCCUCAAGCAUGCUUAAAAUCAUCUCUAGAACAACUAGUUGUUUCAUUCAUAUGAACUUAGGACAACAACAAUGAAAAUGUGGUAGUUUUAUUCGAGACAUUUGUAAUAGCUUCACUCUGAGGCUGAAUCAAAGUUGUUCACAUAACUUCCUCUACAGUUUAUGUUGUGGCCCCUAAUACAGUUACACCAAAACAACUCCAGAAAUGUUUUUUCGCUGGAGCUCGUAACAGACAAUUUGUUUCAUGACAUUUGAAAUGGAUGGAUCAAGACCUCAUGAUGUUCGCUGUUUGUUGAAAUCCAACUGAAACCUCUUAAUGCAAGAUUCCAUACUGACUAGUGCACAUUAGCAUUCACAGUUAUGCAGGACAUUACCACAAGCUUUCAAAACAGGUGCAAACUGUUAGUUACAUCACAGGGGCAAGUACGGUUUGUUACCACACAAACAACAGUUUACCUUGUAAAAGCUCACAUUUAUUUCUUCCGACUCUUUUCUCCUGCUAGAAUACAUUCAUACAUUUCAAAUAAGAAUCAAAUAACUUUUUGCUAAGACAGAGUCGUGUACCUUUCAAAUCUGGAAGUAUUUUUUCUUCAGGUUUCCCAUUAAAAUGUUAUAAACAGAUGCAUUGAUGAAUGAAUCCUUCUGGCCGUAUUUGAAAUGGAAGACAUCAACGCAUAUUGUGACUUACUGUUACACUAGAAAACUUUUCCAACAGUACAUUCCAAAAGGUUAUGUACUGUUGCACACAAGGUACCCGCUGUGCACCAGACUAUGGAUCUACCCUAAGGCAAUUCCUGUCUAUCUGUCGGCCGGAUAUUAGCCAGAUAUUCUUAUGCUUAUCUCUUUCUCAUAAGAUUUCUUCAGCUGUAAAUAUUAGUCACCCUUUCCAGUAACUGAAAAGUAACUAUUGCAAUUAAAUGUUUCAUUCCUGUGCCAACAAAUAAAACUGCACAGACAGUUCUUGGUCCAACCAACAACACAAGUUUGGAGUGAUUCUGCUUGAAA